AUGAAUGCAGUGACCGCUGCUAGUUUGGGUGUGGCUUUAGUUUUGAUACUCGUCUAUUUAAGAUGGAAGUGGAGAGAAAUUAGUCUCCAUCUGGCUUGUCAGUCCCAAGAGGUUGAGAAGGAUUGUCCUCCGAGCGCUCCUGUGCAGAUGGUCCAUCGCUUGUGUCCUCACCACAACGUGGUGCAGAGCUUCGAGGUCGAGCAGAAAGACUCCUUGGACGAACACCUAGACGUACUAACUAGAAAACUUGCGGAAAAGGAGGGCCGUCUUCGUCUGUCGAAGUCUAAGAUCAGAGAGACACAGAACGAGAUUGAGAGUCUCCACGCAAUAGACCACGACGUCAGGUUACGCUACCGGGAGAUCAUGGAAUCUCUUCGCAAAGACCUACUCUGCAACGAGAAGGAAUGCAAGAAACUACAGGAGCAGAUCGAAUGGGUGUCCAGAAGACGAGCUCAACUGAAAGAAGAGGUUCGCCGAGGCAAGCUGCUUUACGGAGAAGCUGCUGCGGAAUUAGCGAGCAAUCUUGCGGAAUUACAACGAGGUAGAUUGCCAGAGCCACGGCUAAUGGACAAACCACAAAAACAGACGUCCUUCACCUCUAUCAGACUCCGCAAGGAACCACAGCUCCCUCGAAUGACUCCUGUUGGCUCCGUAGUCAUCAAAAAUUCUCCUUUAUCGAACUGUUCUCGAGGAUUUUUACAAGAGUGA